GGUUGAGGUCUUCUUUAUUGAUCGUAGAAAUGUUUUGUUAAUUUUUGUUUGUAUCGGAGCAGGUCAAACGACGAUGAGACGUCUGAUGGCCUGGACAUUUAUUUAAUAUGUGAGAAUCUUAAAAAUUACAUUGCAUAAAUGCUUUCAAGACUUUUAAAAUCAGUUUUGUAGUACUGUAAUUUAGUGGAAUAGGACUUCGAUUUCUGCGCAUCCUUUUCCUGAAAAAGAUGAUAGCGAUGCUGGGAUCCUGAAAGCCUCCAUAGGUAAUGGGGAGUUGCUGGUGCAAAGAUAAGACAGACGAGAGGGAGAUGUACUCUCCGACGGCAGGCCCGGCCUCGGCCUCUAUGUCGCUCUCGCCCGGAGAUGCACGACUCCGUGCCAUGAAGGCCCUUGAUCCAUCGAUCGUCGACCAACUAGUGAUGGAGAUGCUCACCCUUAUAGCUUCCUUCGUUGACAACGAUGAAGAGUCACCGGUUCUGCUCGUCAAACUGCACGUGAUCGCUGACAAAGAAGAGGGAUGGCUGCAAGUCGUCUCGUCAAUGGUCAACGUGAUACCACUCGACAAUCCGCUGGGACCGUCGGCGAUCACCAUAGUCUUUGAUGAUUGCCCGCUACCCUCCAGAGACUCUGUCAUAAAGCUAACGAAACUGUUCCGGCUGUCGAGGCAACGUGCACUCUCGAACGCCCUCGACGUGAAGAUGAAACGCAAUAUGUGCGUUGUCCUCGGGUGUAUUGCCGAGAAACUGGCGGGCCCGAACAGCGUCGCUGUACUCACCGAAGAGACGCUCGACUUUCUCCUUGCAUUUCUGGACACCAACUUCGAGCCGUGCAUAGUGCUCUUCGCACUAAUCGCCCUUGAGAAGUUCGCUCACACCACCGAAAACAAGCUGGUGAUAAGAAGCCGCUUCGACAAAGAAGACGUGAAUCCACUUCUGAAACUCGAGAAACUUGCCAAUAAUGAAGAUUAUGUCUGGAGGCAGGUCGGCUUUUGUGCUCAGUGGGCCCUCGACAACUUGUUUGUAAUCGAGAACAGGCCUCUGUCGUACGAGACCGUCGACAUGACUCCUAUAAACGUGAUCCUGAAUUCGCAUGACGUCAGCGAAUACCUGAAGAUAUCUUGCAACGGCCUAGAGGCGCGCUGCGAUUCGUACUCGUUUGAAAGCGUACGCUGCACUUUCCAGGUGGACAAUGGCUGUUGGUACUACGAGGUGACGAUCGUCACUCCUGGCGUCAUGCAGAUCGGGUGGGCCACCAAGAACAGCCAUUUUCUGAACCAUGAGGGCUACGGUAUCGGCGACGAUUUGUAUUCGCUCUCGUACGACGGGUGCAGGAAGUUGAUUUGGUACAAGGCCAAGCCCGCUUCGGUCCAAGAUCUACCGGAGUGGCAGCCCGGAGACAUACUCGGCUGUCUCAUCGAUCUGAACACGCGCGAGGCAAUAUUCUCCCUCAACGGGCGCUGUCUUACACCGUGCACCGAAAUCUUCGAGACAACCAGGUGCUGCAAACAAGGUUUCUUCGCUGCGGCUAGCUUCAUGGCGUUCCAGCAGUGCCGAUUCAAUUUCGGUCAUUUGCCGUUUUCGUUUCCUCCAACUGACAGGCCCUUCAUGGCCUUCAACGAUUACGCGCGUCUCACCGACGAAGAGAAAAAGGUGCUACCUCGCCGCUACUACCUGGAGAAGGUGAGGAAUGCUAGCAUCCCCGAAAACGCCUGCACUCUUUGCUACGAUGCCGUCGCGGACUGCACCUUGGAGCCAUGCUUCCACAAGGGAUUCUGCUCGAAAUGCGCUGCUCAGCUCCGCGAGUGCCCGUUAUGCCGCGCUCCGAUACUGAACGUGAAGCGCGACAUAUGACAUGAGACGUCGCUGGACGGCAGCGACACGUCAUCAGGCAACGGAAGCCCCCGACGACUGACCCUCGACUACGACCAGUACUUCUACGACGAGGACGAUGACGACAUGCAAGGAUUCCGCGUCCACCCACCGGCCGACGCUAGCACCAGACCCAACUAUCAUUAAUAAUAAUAAUGAAUGAAUGAAUGAAUGAUGAAUGAUUUAUUUUAUUUCAGACAACAAGUCCAUGGUACCAUGGUUCACUUGCGGACUAAAUAAUAAUAAUAAUAAUGGUUGGUUCGAAUGGUUGAAUGGAAUAUUUGAAAUGUAUUCUUCAACUGAUAAUUAUUUUAAUAAAUGUAUCUUUUUUAUUUGAUUGGUUUUGUUAAUUUUAAUUAUGUUUCCUUGAUACUAUGUACACAUAUGGACUUGUUGUUGUCUGAAAUAAAAUAAAUCAUUCAUUCAUACAUUCCUUAAAUCGUUUCGAUCUCACGACGUCGACGCAAAUAAAUGUAACCACACACUUGCUUUGAUUUUGGACACGUGUAUUCGUUUUCGAUUAUACCCGGAUGUGACGCUCAAAAAGCUAAAAGCGACCAUAGAUGGUUGACUUCUAAGAGAAUAUUAGUAAUUCAUGGGUCAAUAUUACAUAACAGAAUAACGAUUAUUUUUCGAAAAUAAAUUUCUUUAAAAAAUUAUAAUUAAACUGCAACUACUUUUGUAAUUUUUUUUUAUUUUUUUAAUGACACCUUGCAUUACUAAUAUUAUCCCUUAUUAUAUAAAAUGUUUAUGAAUGUUAUUUCAAAUGUUUAAUGUUUUAGAACUUAGAUCGAUGUUGUGUUAGAUUUAAGACUAAUAUUAUAUCUCUCUGGAUAUGCAUUUCUAUAUGUCUGGUAGCUCUACAAAAUAUUAAACUUAUAUUCAAAUGUUAUACAUUCAUUUCGAAGCUCGAGAAUAUGUUUGAAGCAUCAAAAACGACUUAUUCGAUUUCUCUUUAACAUAUCUCUCAUAUUGAAACGUACGUAUAUAUGUGGUUAUGAUGAUUAUGAAGAAGUUUAAAAUAAUAAUUGGUGCUAUCGCGUGCCAAAAACACAAAAGCUCUAGCCUUUUUAUGGGCGAGAGUAAAUAACUAUUCGCCCCUCCCCCUCCUUUGGGGACAGCGGGGGAAUCGAACAGCGCUUGAACCUUCUUUGCUGGUUACGCUUUAUGAGAACAAUGAGGUGCAUCCCGCGGUUUCGUCCGCGUUAAAUUUGUAAUUUUCAAAGAAGGAAAAUCGUGAUCAAUUAAAAAAUGUUUUUAAAAUAAAUGCAUAUAUAAACUAGCCCAUAGCCUAACUCGGUGUUAUUUUCCGUUUGCCUAAACGAAAUCGUGUUCUAAUUAUGAGACGAAUUUCUUUUUAAAAUUCUCAGUUAACUAAAAAAGCCAUAUUUUCCAUUGGUAAUGUGAAGUGUUAUUUUUUUUUACCUGCACUCUUGACAUGGCAGCCUGUUCGCAUUAUACGUAUGAAAGGCGAUUGAAUUUAAUACUAAACUACCUUCGUCUGCGUAAGCUAAUAAAAUCAUUGAAAGCGAUUACCAAUUUUGUCUUCGUUAAAACUUCAACAGAUGGCAUUAGUUGAUUUGUGAAUUCAAAAUGGCGGCUAUAUCCUUACUCCUAUUUUUUAAUCAACUAUGAAUUUCGAGGUAUUAUGAAUUUUUUUCGUUGAAAAUAAAAUAACUAGUGCGAUUGAAUGAAUGGAAACUUCAAAGACUGUCUUAUAAAUUCGGUCCUAAAAGGAAAAAAUUAAGCUAAAGUAUACAAAAAUAAUGUAGGUUUAUGUAAGUUUAUUGAAAUUUUAUUUGUAUAAUUAAAUUUGGCAAACAAAUAUGCAACCAUCGGCAUCUGGUUGAUUUUAUAUUUUUAUUCUUGUAAAUUAAAACAGUAUCUAAAUUAGGCAUAUAUAAAAACCAGAUACGUUCUUAAACAAGAGACAAAAUGGUUUUUUUUUAAUAAUCUCCAAAAUGGCUCUUCCUUUAUUGAAGUUCAUUUUUGUGUUUCUGACAAUUUUAUAUUCAUUUUCAAUAUAAUGAAAGGUUGUGAAUUUGUUGGAAAGGCUGUUGUGGGUGAAUAUUGAAAUCAAACGUACAUUUUAUUGAAAUUUCGAUUUUUAGCUUUGAAACUUACAUUGAUAAACCUCUAAAACGUGAUAUCUCAAGGUGCAUGGAGAGUCUAGUUGUUAAUGGACUUUGGUAUCUGUUAAACACCGGAAAUAUAAAGCUCGCCUGCGCCGAGCGCACGGGCUUUCCCAAAAGCGUGUCCUCGCUCGAAUUGGCUAGUUGAUUAACCAUCUUGCACGUAUUUUUUUCUUGCUCAAAAUGAACGCAUUACGGCUUAGCAGCAAAUACAUAGAUGAUAGAGUAGCAAUGAUCACACACAGUAUUAGAUUGCAAAAGAUUACAAACGCCAAAAAUAAACCGUAAACAACCUACAAGAAAUCCACCAUUUAAAUGGCGAAACAGCAAAAUUCGGAAAACACACACUUUAAUAUAUAUUUUACACUAGCGACCCGCCCUCGCUUCGCUUCGGAAACAUUAAAACACACAUGAAACCAAAAAAAUAAAAUAAAAAAAGUAGCCUAUGUUCAUCAGGGACAAUGUCGGCUUCUAAUGGAAAAAGAAUUUUUCAAAUCGGUCCAGUAGUUUUAGUAUAGAUUCUGUAAAUUUACUUGAAAGAGAUUACUUUUUUAGGCAGCAAAUCCAAUGCAUUUUCGACAAUAUAGUCGCAUAGUGUCAGUAUCUAGCUUUUCGUAUCAUCGCUUAUGAUAACGUCACAUAACAAUACACUACCCUCGCGUCAAACAGAUCUAAAAUGUCUCUAAUACGGUCACGGAAUAUAAAUUUCAUAAUAAAUUAAAUAAAUCUGAAAACGAUAAUGCAAUUCUAUGAACUGAUUACGCUAUUGAUACGGCUAACGUUUUUUUACUGAUACUCACCGAGUCAGCACGCGAAUAGCAAGCGCAUACCGUUCACACGUUCGUUGGUGCUCUUGUGUUUCGCUGAUGCGCCGAACACGCCGGGUUUCGUGUUCCACGUACCUACGUAAUGCUGACGUGCGGUCACAAGAGACGCGGGCUUAUUAAAACGCGUGUUGCCAUCCGCCUGAAACCUUCUACUGGUGGUAGGACCUCUUGUGAGUCCGCACGGGUAGGUACCACCGCCCCGCCUAUUUCUGCCGUGAAGCAGUAAUGCGUUUCGGCUUGAAGUGCGGGGCAGCCGUUGUAACUAUACUGAGACCUUAGACCUCUCAAGGUGGGUGGCGCAUUUACGUUGUAGAUGUCUAUGGGCUUCAAUAACCACAGUAACCACUCGAUACCAGGUGGGCUGUGAGCUCGUCCACCCAUCUAAGCAAUAAAUUAGGUGUUGGCGUUUCUUUCCCACAAUAGCUGCGGGGGUUUGGUGUUUAGUGACGUUCGUCUUAAAAUCGAUGAUGAUAUUGUAGAACAAUAAAGGUGAAAUACGUUCAAAAAUGAGGUUAGGUCGUCAACUGUUUUGGCCAAAUUAAAAUUGACUGAAUAAGCCCGCUACGCUAAACUGUCGUUUGAUCCACGAAUAAGUCUGAUUUUGUUUCGCGUAUAAAAUACCUUAGGUACUCACAAUUAAAAUAUCGAUUAAAACAGUUACGAUAUUCGGUGUUAUCGAUUAAUUGAUACAACGUUGUUAUUAUAUCGUGUAACCCGUGAACUUUCGAGAUUUUAUCUGUCGUUUGACUGUACGUUACGUACCCACUGAAUCCUGUCUAUUCAUUAUAAUAAUUUUGAGGCCAUAUCAGCUCGCAGAUACCGUAAUAUUAAUGAUGUAGCCAGAAUAAAUCGAUUUUUCUUAUCUUAAAAGCGAGAAUUUCUGAUUUUGUGUAAAAAACUGUAGUCGAAAUUUUGGCGUUUUGUAACUUUGUAACGUUUGAAGCUACAACUUAUUUCGCUUUAUACAGUAGAACAUUAAAUGAUUUUUAAUGACUGAAUUGAUGGAAUUUUCAAACAAUCACAUUAAUUAAUACGCUUUUAUUAGCUUCAGACGUAUGUAUGUUUGUAACGGAAUCUUUGAAAAUGAUUUUGACCCCCUUCAAAAUGUCGGAUUAACUCGAAAUUUGGUAAACUUAUUAACGACCGAUGACAAUACAAUAUUUAAAAAAAAAUGAAAAAAUUGAAAUUCAAAUAAAAAAAUAAAUAAUAGUUUAAAAAAACUAACAAAAUACGCUUUUAUAGAAAAUCCAACUAAAAAAUAGAAAAUAAAUUUUAAUAUGUAUAUUUGAAUUAAAAAUAGUGUAAGAAAAAUUUUUUUUAUUUGAAAAAAUGCGUGGGGUGCUUUUCAGGAUAUUAUCAAAAUAACCCUUCUACUCAUAUCUGUUCGUAAAAUAUUUAUAACUACUUAUACCAUGCACCCCAUGUUGGAUUUUCUAUAAAAGCGUAUUUUGUUAGCUUUUUUAUUUAUUUUUAACUAUGUGUCAAUAAGUCUUUGUCACGUGCCAAAUAGCAUGCGGCGCUAACCAAAAUGCAAAGCGGUAAUGCGUUUAUUUUUUUAAUGACGAUAGUUAACGAUAGUAUUUGAACAUGAAAUAGAGUUCUCAACUAGUUUACCGUGUACCCACGAUUUUCAGUAAAAGCAUUCUAACUUCAACGUGCGCUAAAGUUAUGAUGUCACCAAGUUCGAGAAUGAGUUGCAUUUAAUUUUACUGCCAAACAGUUAUAAUAUAUAAUAAUAUAAUGAAUAUCAUAAAAAUCUUCGCUAAAUCGUUAAAUUUCAUUUAAAAUCGUAACUUUCAAUUGAUUGUGUUAAAAACGAAAUCGAAUAAACUACUCUAACACUACCGUUGUUCACGUAAUCUUUGGCGUAUUAAACAUGAAUAUUCAAUUCACUAGCAGGAUCUAGUCAAUUUAAUCAAUCUUAUAUAAAAAAAAAACUCGCACAAUUUUAGUUUGCCGACGUUAAAUUUCAAAAAGUCAAAAUUUACGAUCCUCAUUUGUUCGGAAACAGCACAAGUUGACUAAGAAAUUACGUUUAUUAUCACAAAACAAUAAUGAUACUAUUGGCAUCGGAUGCUUUAUUAUCGCAAAUAAGAUAUUGUAUCAGAAAUGCAUAUUUUGUUUUAUUUUAUGAUCAUCAUUUCUAUCACAGUUUCAUAUUAAUUAUAAAUAAUAGUGAGUGCUAUCGCGAAACCCGACUUCCUAUUGCAACGUAGAUAUUGUUGGGAAUAUUUCAGAUUCGAGACUAUAAACUUUCCAUAGUAUCCAGGAUAUUCUUGAACCAAACCUGCAUUAUAUUAAUUAUGGUAAUUGAAACAUAAAUUUCGACUCUAGAGGCCGUACCACCAUAGGUCACUAAAACCGCGAUUCCAACUAUUUAAACUAUAAUCUGUUCUAAUGUAUACAUCAUAGAUAUAAUAAAUAUGCCUAUAAUAAAUCCGACGAUAUAUAUGAGAAAAAUAAACUACAACAAAUUUCACUUUGUGCUUCUAGAGUCGAUAAUUAUGUAUUUAUUUUAUUGAAUUCUCAUUAAAUUCAUUCACUCGUGUUUCGUGUCAUAAAUAUAUUAUAGUUAUAUGUCAUUCUAUGCCUAUGUUAAUCUAGAUGUUAAUUAAUAUAUAUGUUUAUAUAUACUUCUACGGUGUAUUGAUAUAGCUCCAGAGCUUUGAACUUGAAUUUAAAUGUUUGUGAAACGUAUUAAAUGUUUUAUCAUUAUCGCUAAAAUUACUAAUAUAUUAUUAAUGUCAGUACAGUAUUGGAUUUUGUGUAUGUGUUUACAACGUACGGACUUAGAAUAUUAUCGUAGUUUUAUAGUAAUUUAGGAUCCGAAUGUCUACGUUCUUUUGUGCGCGAUAAAUAAGUUACAAUAGAAACGAACUCACCUCGCAAAUUUCGGAGGCAGUCAAAGGUAACUACGAUGAGAAAAUGCACUAAACCACCCAAAUCGUUUGUAGCACAAGAACUAUGCGAAAGAGUUGACAGAAACUUGAGGAUUAAAAUUUCGAACCCGCAUGGCCGCACCCAAUAACUCAAACUGCUUACACUAAAUAAACAAUAAUACAAUCUCAAUACGUAGUGAUAUAAUGAUCUCCGUGAACCCGAAAAUCAUUAAUUUUUACGUCUUUAGGACUAAGCUUCUUUUCCUUUACGAAUGUACUAAAUGUGUAUGUACGUAAUAUAAAUUCGAUUAAUAUUCACGUCCCAACUCGAUCGCACUGCAUUCCAAAAAAACGAAUUAAACGCAGAUUCCAAAAGGUUUCAACAUAUUCGUGAUUAUCUAAAAAGCGAAUACAAUUAAUCUUCUCAAAAUAUAAUAAAUACUAUAUUAAUCAAUUUCAAGACAUUAGAUAAUAAUAAUAUGUGUAAUAGUUUUAGGAAUAGAAUUUAAAUUCAUGAAAAUAUCCAUGUUAUAUAAUUAGGUAGAUAGUUUGUUGCGUGGUACUGGCUGGAAAGAACUAAGAAGAAGCGUGGGACCCUUGUUUAGAUGAUAAAGUAUUGAUGCGAUUGAUGUCGCGUUUUAAAUUGAAAGAAAUCAACGGGAUGUUUGUAUGGAUCGUCGUACCGCAGCGCAGUAGUAGGUUUACUCUUUAACGUACAUUAUUACUGCAUGUGAAGUUAAUGUGUUAAUUCUAUAAUGUCUGCUUACAGUUCUCUUGGCCUAGAUACUCUGUAAAGGACAGAUUAUUCUUUCUUUUUUUUAAGUAAAGUUUUACUAUAGUCUGUGGUCGGUUAGGAGAACGCCUACUCGAACUCUAGAUUUCGAAAUUCGAUCAAGAUAAAAGACAAAAAGGUUUUAAAUAUUUUAGCCGUUUUCGACUAAGCAUCUGACAAUGAUGUCAAUGUGUACCAACCGACGACUGACAAUUGCAAACUUAACGGCUUGUAGAGAUAGGAAUUUUUCUUGAAAGAUUUAUUAAUCAUAAUUCGUUUAGAAGACCGUAAUAAUGUAUCGAUCGGCUUUUCCCUUCAUUUGUUGUAUUCAGCAGUUUUUUUAGGAAAGAGUAAUAGAAAACGUAUUUUUUCUGAGAUUCAGUAAGUCUAUUUACGGUCUAAUUUUUUUUGUUAACCUUAAUGUUCCUGUCUGUUUAUUUGUAAACAAGUUUCUUACAUUGUAAUAAUGUUCAAGUUUACUUUAUAUGACAAUGUUUAUUAGUACAACGAUCAAUACCCACUAUUAUGAACGAAGGUAACCCUUUGCUUUCCCGUAAAAUGGAUAAGUUAUAGUUUAAUAUUAAAAAAAAUGUUAUUUUCUCGGACCUGUUGCAAAUCCUAUUAUAUAAUGGAAGCUAUUUACACUGGAUUAUUGUAUUUUAGUCGUAAAUAAAGUAUAUGGAAUAAAUAAAAAUCAAA